GAAAAAAGUUUCAUAUAGUGGCGCCUCUUGAAAUUCGUGACAAAAGAGAAGAAGCUUAUACUAUAUUUUCUGAUUUUCAUAUAAAUGCUUGAAUAGUAUGCGUUUUGUUUAAGUGAAGUAAACGACGAUUAUUUCCUUGUUUAUAAGCCAUUUGUGUACGUGAUAAAACGUGCAUUUAGAAUCGUAAAAAGACCUGAUUUUUUUUCAAUAAAAAAGAUGACAACGCUCAGACCUUUCACGUGUACUGAUUUAUUCAAAUUUAACAACGUAAAUCUAGAUCCACUCACGGAAACUUAUGGAUUAUCCUUUUAUAUGCAAUAUCUGGCACAUUGGCCAGAAUAUUUUCAAGUGGCUGAAUCACCAAGCGGUGAAAUAAUGGGAUAUAUUAUGGGAAAGGCGGAAGGUCUUGCAGAAAAUUGGCAUGGCCAUGUAACAGCUCUUACCGUUUCACCUGAUCACAGAAGACUCGGUCUUGCAGCGGUGUUGAUAAAAUUAUUAGAGGAAUUAUCGGAGAAGAAACAGGCAUACUUUGUGGAUUUGUUUGUCAGGGUUAGUAACAAAGUAGCUAUUAAAAUGUAUCAGCAAUUGGGUUAUAUUGUCUACAGAGUAGUAUUAGAAUAUUAUAACGGGGAUCCCGAUGAAAAUGCUUAUGAUAUGAGAAAAGCACUUUCAAGAGAUGUAAAUAAAAAAUCGAUAAUACCACUAACGCAUCCUGUAAGACCCGAGGAAGUCGAUUAAUUUUAAGAUAUAUAAAUGUAUUAUUAAGAUUGAGAGGAAUAAAGGGAUAUAUGUAUUAUAUUAA